UUUGCUUCACCCCACGCUUACGUGCAGUGUGAAAGGAAACCACAGCCGACAGAGAGACAGGGGGUCUGAGUGAAACACAUGUCUUCUCAUCACUUCUUCUCCAGGAUGGACAAGGACGGACAGAAGCCCAAGACCUAUGUGUCCACUUUCCGACUGGCCCUCAAGCCCAAAGCCAGACCCGUGUGCGUGGAGAAGAAAGGGGAAGAGAACGGACUGGACACCACACACAAGAGGCCGCUGGGAAACAACAAACUGGGAGUCUCGUCUGCAACAGAUGCGAGACAGACCCGAGUGCAGACCCCGUCAUCACCUCACUUCACAGAGCCCCUCCAGGACCGUACAGUCUGUGAAGGAAGUGAUGCUACAUUUCAAAGUGUUAUCACAGGAAGUCAGCCCCUGAGCAUUUCCUGGCUACACAAUGGUGAGAAGAUGCAUUCAAGUGGCACUUCCUUCAAGAACGGUGUCGCGGCUCUGGUUCUGAAUCGGUGUUCACGUGGAAAUGCUGGGAGGUAUACAUGCACGGCGGAGAAUGCUGCUGGGAAACGGUCAAGCAGCGCAGUGUUACACGUCACAGGACCAACGACAAAGGAAAUCCCCAGAAGCAGCAACCACGAGCUGCACAGUGAGGUCAAGGUCAAGGUCGCGUCACGUGAAGACACCAAGUCGGUCCCAGCUUCAAGAGGACCUCCUGUGGAGUUCCUUGCCCCACCAGAGCAGGUGGAGGCUCGGAUAGGAGAGCAGGCCCGGCUGCACUGCGAGUUCAGGAGCUGCUCGGUCCCUGUGGCCUGCUGCUGGAUUUACAACAGAGACAAAGUGCUAGUCGGGGGACCGAGGGUAUCCGUCAGGAGCAGUAAGACCCAGAGCAGUAUGGAGAUCUCUCAGGCCUGUGCAAGCGACUCAGGCUCGUACACCUUGGUCGUACGAAACCGAAAAGGCUCGGCACAGCACACGGUCUCCCUCAGUGUCGUCGACCGACCCGACCCCCCGGCGUCCCACCCUGUCUUCUCCAAGCUGUCCACUCAGUCCCUGGUCCUGUCCUGGUCUGGUCCCAGCUACGACGGGGGCACGGCGGUGCUGGGUUACAUCGUGGAGGUCCUGGACGAGGGCUCGGCCAAACCCGCCAGCUGGACCGAAGCAUGGAGCCGCUGCAAGAACACGUCCUACCACAUCCGCUCGGGCCUGGAGCCUCUGGGGCAGUACCGCUUCCGCGUCCGGGCCUACAACUCGGCGGGAGUGAGUGAACCGAGCCAGGAGUCCGACUGUAUCAAGAUGGCGACGGCGGAGGAAAAGAAGAAGAAGAAGGAGGAGCCGAAGUCGUACGUCACAGUGACCAUAGACACAAAACACAAGGUCAAGGACCACUACAACGUGCAUGAAAUCCUGGGAUAUGGGAAGUAUGGCCAGGUGUUCAGGUUGUCCCAUAAAGAGACGGGCGAUGUGUUCGCGGGGAAGUUCUAUCGAGCGCGGACCUCCAAGGAGAAGACGGCGGCCCGCAAGGAGAUUGAGCUGAUGAACUGUCUCCACCACCCGAAGCUGGUCCAGUGUCUGGCUGCGUACGACACGCGCUCCGAGCUGGUCAUGGUCCUGGAGUACAUUGCAGGCGGCGAGCUCUUCGAACGCAUCGUGGACGACAACUUCGAGCACACGGAGCCGGCCAGCGUCAGCUACAUGCAGCAGAUCCUGGAGGGCAUGCAGUACGUCCACAAGCAGAACAUCGUGCACCUGGACCUCAAGCCGGAGAACAUCGUGUGCGUGGACACCGGCGGCACGCGGAUCAAGAUCAUCGACUUCGGCCUAGCAAGUCAACUGGAGGAGGGUAAACCUCUGAUGGUGAUGCACGGCACGCCCGAGUUCGCCGCCCCCGAGGUGAUCAACUACGAGCCGGUGGGCGUGGAGACGGACAUGUGGAGCAUCGGAGUCAUCUGCUACAUCUUGCUCAGUGGAGAAUCUCCCUUCCAGGGGAACAGCGAUGCCGAGACCUUUUGCCUCGUGGCCGCCGCCAGCUACGAGUAUGACGAGGAAAGUUUUGAGGACAUCUCCGACGACGCCAAAGACUUCAUCAGCUCCCUGCUGAAGAAAGACCGGAGAUGUAGGCUGUCCUGUACCGAGGCCCUGGUCCACCCCUGGAUGGUCGCGUUCACCCCAAUGAGCCGCAGACCCACCAAAUCCCUCAGGAAGGAGAAGAUGAAACGUUUCCUGGCCAAGCGCAAGUGGAAGAAAACUGGCAAGGCUGUUUUGGCCCUGCAGCGGAUGGCUAACCUCUCCAGCAGGCCAGACUCUCCUGGCAGCGCCUCUGAGGAGCCAGUGUGGAGCCAGGAGGCUGAGGAGGCCAUCCAGUCGCUGGAGAAGCAGCUUCAGAGUGAACCUUGCUUCCAGCAGGCCCUGAGGGACGCCACACUUGCUAAAGGAGCAACUGCUCAGCUGAGAUGCCUCGUCAACGGUUACCCACAGCCGGAGGUGAAGUGGCUCCAGAAUGAGAAGCCGCUGUCCGAGUCCACCAGAGUGACCGUGGAGCAGAACGAAGACGGGCUCUGUUCUCUGGUUCUGGCCGAUCUGGAGCCGUCCGACUCCGGGGUUUACGUGUGCAGAGCCAGCAACAAGCUGGGGGAGGCCAUGUGCUCCGCCAAACUCCAAGUGGAGAUGUGACUGAGAAGCAAACCACAGGAUCCACAUCAGUGACUGAAGAGAUUCGAAAUGUUUGGCUGCAUUUGCAAUCUCAGGACUUAUUCGCGGUUGCUCCCCAAUAGGGAUUAAUGAGAUUUGGACACGCAUAACCCAGAGUCCUUUUUUGUUUCACACGCCACCAGUUACUCGUGCACUUUGUGAGUCUGCUUCCUUCCAUGUGUAUUUUACAUGUUCAGUCACCGAUGCAUGGUGUUCUGAGUUAUUGAGGUAACAUCACACUGAGCUUCACUCUGUUCACACAGCGAGUCACAAGAAAAUUGUACAUUUUGCACAUUUAAAUGUUGUUCAGAUGGGAAUGAUUUAUACAAAAUUAAAAACGGCUUUUAAUAAAAUAUACCAGUGAUGGGCAUACUUA